CCCAAUCAGGAAGCUGGGGAGGGCGAGCAUGCAAGUGGCCGCUUUUUGUGGCGAUGGAUAUGGACAUUGUAUCAUCAGACGACCGCAGCAAGUGUGAGGAUGAACUAGCCUACUUUUCACCAGAAUAUCGAUAUUGGAUUGAUUUUGUUGACUUUCUUUAAUUGCAGGAGCCCGUCAAUAAUUCAGAACUUAAAUUGACAGCCAAAACUUAUUAAUUGUUCAUUUAACCGGGUUUAUUUCGGCCCUGUUGCUUUAAUUUCUUUGUGCAGCGAUUCACAUGUCGAAACAAAAGUGGAUUUAAAAGCAACCUUGUUGAUCAACAUUCACGCAACAUGCUUCUGGUUUCUCAGCGACUAGACGCACCGCGCAUGGAACCACUAGUGCCAGGCUCUGUAAAGAGGACGCUGGAUAUGGCUGACGGCCCCUGCAGUCCUGCGGCUCGAGGGGGUGCCAAACGGCCGUGUCUACAGGAUGUCACUCUGGCUAUGGACCCCAGCUAUGAAAACCCCUGCUUACCUGCCGGUCCCAGGGUGAGAGAUCGUGGCCGACCCUCACAGGGUGGCAAUAUGGAUUUGUCCUACUCUAUGCCAACCAAAGUCGGUCUCGGACUGCCGGUGAACAUGACUGUGGGCGAGACGCCUUCGUGCAUGCCCCCGCCUUCUGUCGAGCAGGAGCUGCAGGACAUCCUGGAGGAGCUAACAAGGAACCCAAACCGCUCCCUUCCUGAACUGGACUUGGAGAAGAUCCUGGGGAGCAAAGGGGACGAUUUGUUGGGCGACGAUGGGGCAUUUGUGCACUCCGUGGGUGAUGGCACCCCCAAGCGUUCCCCCCAAGGUGCUUCGCCUCUGGAGAGCCCACGCAUCCAAUCAGCAGGUUUCAUCCGGGCUCCUGCUACUAGCUCCCCCCAGUUAACGCCCAGUCAGCCAGGUGCUCUCUUCUCCUUGACCCACCCAGCCAAGCCCCUCUCGCAGCCCCAAUCCCCUGCCUGCUCUCCUAUGUCAUCACCAGCUCACUGCAACCUGCCUAAUUCCAGAUGGCAUGAGGUCCCCCACGCUCAACAACUACAGGCCCCGCCAUACCAACCCGACAAGCUGGCCAGCCCUGCCCUAGUCCCGCCCCCAUUUAGCCCCCAGAACUCCCAGGCUUCCUUACUGCCAAGCACGGUUCCCUCCUCAGGCCAGCAGCAGUCUGCCACUCAUGGCUUUGGCCCCCACUGCAGGGGGGGCAGCCAGCUGUUAAAGGCAGCCAUGCGGGUAGGGCAGAGUGUUAGCACUGGGGGUGCCGAGCCGUACUCCUUCAAUAACACCACGCCCCUUCGGCACUUUGACCCAGACCCGUCCAUUCCUAGACCAGGUCACGUGAGGCCGGGACAGGGCUCCUCUGGUCACUAUGGCACCCCAAAUCUGCAGCUGCUGCCACCUGCUGGGCUGGCAGUCAACACACCAACUUUGCCUCUGCAGCAAGGACAGAGAAGCCUGGAGCCAGGAGGAGCAGCGCCCUGCAUCCGAGGGGACCAGAGUACUGGGGGAGGAGCCAGAUUCCAAGACCCCACCUCGCUAAGACGACCCAUGCAUGGAGAUGGGUACAGUCUUCUAAAAAGCCAACUGAGGAAGCAGCUCAUGCAACAGGAGAAGCAGAGGCACCCUGAGCAGAUGAGCGCUGGCCAUUUGUCGGACUGCCAACAAGUCGCACCAUUUCAAGGUGUGAGCCGAUCACGAGCUCCGGGCCUUGGCUACCCCAUGGAGCCAUCUGAUCCUCCCGUUGUCUCCCACAAUGCAAUUCUGCCUGGCCGGAUGCUACCCGAGGGUUCUCAUGCCCAAACCAAUCAUUCCAUGGCGACCUUUGUUGCUAGCAUGGGCACUAAGCAAGCCGCCGGUCACCCCCCCAGAGAAUUUGUGACGCCCGUACGACUGGGCCAGGCCGUGAUGGGAUUGAACACACCACCUCAACAGAUCGCCCCGCAUUGUCAGACCUCUGGUCGAGCUCAGAUCCUGGGGCCCUCCUUCAACGGCAGAUCCAUGCAGCCCCCCAUGCCACAGCAGCAGCUCCCCAGAGCUCCCACGCUCCAGGGAGGCUCUGCCCCCUGCGGAGUGUUAAGCCCACAGCAGCAGCCAUGCGUUCGGCCCCUAUGGCAGCAACAGGGAUGCCCACGCACUGUCUGCAGCAGCCACGUGGAUCCUGGGUCACACCAACACUUAUACUCAGCAGGAGGCGCUGCUGUGAGCGGGACUCCAUUCUCACCGCAAUCCCUGCGUCCUGGCAUGCCCUCCAUCCCACACCAAAAUGGGCCCUUUAGCCUCUCCCAGGUGCCCAAUAGGCAGGCCAGACACCCUUCCUCUAGUGACCAACAUGGCUCGGGGCCGCGGGGCCUUAUGUCCCCCAUGGGUGCGAUGAAGCCAUGUCCCUCUCUUGCUUUGGCUCCCAUAGGUUGCCCCUCUACCCCUAGCUUGGGCUACAGCAGUGGUAGUUCAGGAUGCAAACUUCGUCCUUAUGAAUUCCCCCAUCCCGCAGGGACCUUAGCACAGGGGUCGAAUGGCAGAUAUGGGAUGCACAGGGAUGAAGCCAACAAAGUGGACUUUAUAGAUAUGCUUGUGGGCUCCAGUGACAACUGGCUGAACAAUUUCAACAUGAUUGACAAAUACCUGGAGCAAAAUACCUAAAUACAUCUGAUAUGUACAUUGAAUCACUCAAUUGAAACUGUUUUUUUUUUUGGGGGGGGGGGGUGAGUUUUGCACCUGAAUGAGAUCAGAACAUGGUGCUCCCACUGCUACAUUCUAACUGGACCUGAUUGGGAAUGGUGGUCACAUAGUCCAGUAGCAUAUGUUCCACCACAGAAGAGUAAGUUAUGAUGUAACCUCCCAGCUUCUGUCUCGGUUGGUAAAAUACAAGCUUUACACAACGGUGUAGCACUGUAAAAAGGUUUUCUGUGUAUUUGAUGUUAAAGAGACUUCAUUAUAUUACAUAUCAUCCAAAUGUAUGUCGGGGGGGUUGGAUGCCGGGGAUGGUGUAACUGGGCUCAGAUUGUAGGAGUGCUGUGUGUCCCUGCUUCUCCUUCUUUAAGUGUUCACAGAAUUCACUUGGCUUGACUUGGUUUAAGGUUCCCAUGAUUUCCCCUCAGAUACUGGCUGACGUACAGUGCAGGCAUAGUUCUGUUAAUAUGGACGGUGGCUGUCCAUCACUGCUGAACCCUUUGUUUUCUUUCCUUAAGAGUUGCACAAGAGGCUUGAACAAAGUACACUUCGUAAGCAUUUUUCUAAGGUGUAUUCAGAUUGAGAGGCAAACAUUUACACUUUUUCUCAGCACAGUUUUUGUAUAUAAAAUUAAAUAAAUCAUUGUCAUAAACUGUUGAACUAUAGCUGAUGACGGUUUCUUUAACAGGUAGCGAAUCUAAUUUAAUUUGUUAAUAUGCUGACAAUUUUGUUGUCCAAUAAUACUGUGUAUUAGAAUAUUUACUUAUUUAUGUGUUUUACAUAAUAGCUUCUGUGACUGGAGUCUUACAUUUAAGACCCAGCAAAAUUAGGGGAGGGGAUUUUAAUGAUCACAAUCUUCAUGUGAAAAUAGCAUCAUUUCUCUCACCUCAUCUGGUCUAGACACAAGUCAAAGAUCAAAGUCUUUUGAAAGAAAACAACUUCUGGUAGAGACGGUUCCAUAAUUCCCAUGCUGGUGCCUGUGUCUGAUUUGGUGCUUUAUGCCAAAUAUUUCAGUAUUUUUUUCUCACAUAUCUGAACUCAACAAAAUCCAUUAGCAGAAAUGACUUCAAAAAAGAUCAAAUCGUGAUCAGUCUAAAUUUGCAAGAAGCAGUUCAUCAAGAUCAACAAACCAUAGAUACAUAAAAUUGAAAGCACCAGUGUUCUGUCAGUCAAAAAACGUUUGUUUUAAAAGGUAAAAACCGGAGCUGAGGGUUACAUCCAGACCAUCGUCACUGUAACCGUGGGCAGUAGUGCUGUUUUCCCCCAAGGACAACAGAUCAGUUGCCUGCCGUGAGUAAUGCUGUAUCCAUAGAUGUCUACGCUAUAUUCACCUUGUUUUUAGCAGUUUAACUAUCUCUGAUACAUAAAGUCAAUGACAUUUGUCAAAUAUUUGUAAUGCAUUUCAUUAAUCUUCACAUUUUUAGAUUUUACAAAUAAAACUGAAUGAAAGAA